UAGCCCAAAGUAUUUGUUAAUAAUCAAUUUGGCAUCAAUUCCUCGUAUGAUGUCAUUUGGUGAGGUCACAGUUAUUUACUUUUAUCUUAUUAAAAUAAUAUCGUAUAUUGUUUUAUAGUGGAAUAUAAUGAAUUUAUAAUUCGAAAUGCCAAAGAAUAAGAUGGUGACAAAGCCAUGUCCCAAGUGUAAACAGCAGGUUCCUGUUGCAUGUAAGGCCUGUCCCUGCGGUCAUGUGUUUUUUGUCGCCCGUCGUGCCGUCAGUAUUCAUAAAAUAGGUGCACGACGCGGUUCAGAUGAAGGUGGCGAAGGAGACAGAGAAAUAAAGAGAAGGAGAACAGAAAGGAUAAGAAGAGAAAGACCUAAUUAUUUUAAUGCAUUACAAAUAGAAAAUCAAUUAAAGUCGUUUCAGAGGAAAUCUCGUCAACGAACUGGAAACAGUACCAGUAGUAGCGCUAAUGAUUUGGAAGGCGAAGGCUCUAAUAGCGAAGAAGGAGGUACUGUUGCAUCAAAAAAGAGAGGAAGACCAAAAGGAUCCAAAGGAUUAGAUAAGGGAGAUAUUAAAUCUCAUAACAAUCUCUUACCAAUCUUAAUUCAAUAUGGCGAUUUCCAGUGUUAUGCACUGUUGCUCCUAAUGAAUUGUCUAUCAACUCGGCAAAUGCAUAUGCUGUAA